AUGGCCGUGCGCUCCCGCCGCCCGUGGGUGAGCGUGGCGCUGGGGCUGGUCCUGGGCUUCGCCGCCGCGUCCUGGCUCAUCGCUCCCCGGGUGGCCGAGCUGAGCGAGCGGCGGAGACGCGGCUCCAGCCUCUGCUCCUACUACAGCCGCCUGGCCGCCGCCCGCGCCGGCGCGCCGCGGCCGCUCCCCCGGCCCCAGCCUUCCCUCCCCGCGCGCCCGGGGCUCCGGGAGCCGCAGCUACCCCAGGCUGCGCCCGCACUCACCGGUUUUCGGGGCAGCCCCCGGCCGCAGCCACCUCCCCUGCAGCCGAGGAGGCGCGGACGCGAACCUGAAGGUGCGACGGGGCUCCCCGCGGCUGAGCCUGAGCCAGAAGAGGAGGACGGGGGCGCGGCGGCCCGGCGGAGGGGCGGCCAGCACGGCAGUGGGGACGGGGCCGCCGCCGGCCCGCGCGCCCGGCCCCGUGGCUUCCUGUACGUGGGGGUGAUGACCGCACACAAGUACCUGGGCGGCCGCGCGCUGGCGGCGCAGCGGACCUGGGCGCGCUCCGUGCCCGGCCGCGUGGAGUUCUUCUCCAGCGAGCAGUCUGCCGGCUCCGCGCGCGGCCAGCCCGCGCUACCCCUGCCUGUUGUCGCGCUGCCUGGGGUGGACGACUCCUAUCCUCCGCAGAAGAAGUCCUUCAUGAUGAUCAAGUACAUGCACGACCACUACCUGGACCAGUACGAGUGGUUUAUGCGCGCGGACGACGACGUCUACAUCAAAGGCGAUAAGUUAGAAGAGUUUCUGCGAUCCCUGAACAGCAGUGAGCCUCUUUACCUAGGACAGACUGGCCUGGGGAACAUUGAAGAGCUUGGAAAGCUGGGGCUGGAACCCGGGGAGAAUUUCUGUAUGGGAGGACCCGGCAUGAUCUUCAGUAGAGAAGUGCUUAGGAGGAUGGUGCCACAUAUUGGCAAAUGCCUGCGAGAGAUGUACACGACUCAUGAGGAUGUGGAAGUAGGAAGAUGUGUUCGGCGCUUUGGUGGGACGCAGUGUGUCUGGUCUUAUGAGAUGCAGCAACUAUUCCAUGAAAACUAUGAGCACAACCGGAAGGGUUAUAUCCAAGACCUGCACAACAGCAAAAUUCAUGCAGCUAUAACUCUGCACCCCAACAAAAGGCCUGCGUACCAAUAUAGGCUGCAUAACUAUAUGCUGAGUCGUAAAAUUUCUGAGCUUCGACACCGCACUAUCCAACUCCACAGGGAGAGUGCUCUGAUGAGUAAGCUCAGUAACACUGAGGUGAGCAAGGAGGACCAGCAGCUGGGAGUCAUGCCUUCUUUUAACCACUUCCAGCCUCGAGAGAGAAAUGAAGUAAUAGAAUGGGAGUUCUUGACAGGAAAGCUCCUCUACUCAGCUGCUGAGAACCAGCCACCUCGACAAAGCAUCAAUAGCAUCCUAAAAGCUGCACUGGAUGACACUGUCCUGCAAGUGAUGGAGAUGAUCAAUGAGAAUGCCAAGAGCAGAGGAAGGCUCAUUGACUUCAAGGAAAUUCAGUAUGGAUACCGCAGAGUUAAUCCCAUGCAUGGAGUGGAGUACAUUUUGGAUUUAUUACUCCUCUACAAAAGGCACAAAGGAAGGAAACUGACUGUGCCAGUGAGACGUCAUGCUUAUCUUCAGCAGUUAUUCAGCAAGCCUUUCUUCAGAGAAAUGGAAGAGUUAGAUAUCAGUGGUCUUGUGGAAAGUAUCAAUAGUGACACUCAGCCAUUCUCCUUAAUAUCUAAUUCGCUAACAAUACUAUCUUCUCUUCCAGGGGCCAAAGAAAUGGGAGGUCAAAAUGAAAAGAAAAUACAUAUUCUGGUUCCCCUCGUUGGAAGAUUUGACAUUUUCUUGAGAUUCAUGGAGAACUUUGAAAAUACAUGUCUGAUCCCAAGGCAAAAUGUAAAGCUGGUCAUAAUCCUUUUCAGUAGGGAUUCUGGCGAAGAUUCUGACAAGCAUGUCGAGCUCAUACAAGAAUAUCAGAACAAGUACAUUAAAGCAGAUAUAACCCUGAUUCCUAUGAAGGGAGAGUUUUCCAGAGGUCUGGGUCUUGAAAUGGCCUCCUCCCAGUUUGACAAUGACACUUUGCUGCUAUUUUGUGAUGUUGACUUGAUCUUCAGAGGAGACUUUCUCCAACGAUGCAGAGACAAUACAAUUCAGGGACAACAGGUAUACUAUCCCAUCAUCUUCAGCCAGUAUGACCCAAAGGUAACCAAUGGUGGAAAUCCUCCCAUAGAUGAUAAUUUUGUAUUCUCAAAGAAAACUGGAUUUUGGAGAGACUAUGGCUAUGGAAUCACCUGUAUUUACAAAAGUGAUCUUCUGGGUGCAGGUGGAUUUGAUACCUCAAUACAAGGCUGGGGACUGGAAGAUGUAGAUCUCUACAAUAAAGUAAUUCUGUCUGGCUUAAGGCCCUUCAGAAGUCAAGAAGUAGGAGUGGUGCAUAUUUUCCAUCCAGUUCAUUGUGAUCCUAACUUGGACCCUAAGCAAUAUAAGAUGUGCUUGGGAUCCAAGGCAAGUACUUUUGCCUCAACCAUGCAACUGGCUGAACUCUGGCUAGAGAAACAUUUGGGUGUCAGGUACAAUCGAACUCUCUCCUGACAGUCUAGGCAACACAUACUGCCUUUUCUAAGGGGAGUUUACCUCAUUGUCAGUUCUUAUUUUUAUUUUAUUAUUAUUAUUAUUAUUGUUGUUGUUGUUGUUGUUGUUGUUAUUGUAAUUUUAUUUUAUUGUCCUGGUCUUAAACAACUCUUUGGUGGUUUUCAGAGAGUAUUGUUGACCUCAAGCAAAAAGAGUCUGCAAUUCACUGAAAAUUCAGAGUUCUACUGAAGGCAAUAUGUAUAUUAAUUUUCCAUAUCUUUAUUUGGGAUUGAGUUAAAUCAUUGCAAUCAAAUGACUUUUCAAGCUCAUUCAACACAAGAGACAGCUUAAAAGAAUGUUCUCUUAGGGCUUAAAGAUGCAAUAUUGACUUUUAUUUUGUUAACUUCAAUGUGAUACAGACAUUUAUUUGUGAAAGGUACCACAAAAGUGCUUUACGCUUCCUAUGGGGAAGGACUCUGUAACAUAAACUUGAGUUUUGUAAUUUAUAUAAGGACUUAAAUAUAUAGACAAUAAUUUUCUUCAUCUUUAGAAUUUUUAAAGUAAAUGAACACCUAUGAUUGUAUGUUUAUUUUUUAAAAAAUGUUUUAAAAAUUGAGGAGUUUUUUGUUCUACAAGUAACCGGUACUGGCUACCAUGGUCUUAAGACAAUUAUGAGCUCCUCACAACUGUCUGCUAUAAAUGCGAAUGAACUUUAUUUUCUCAAGGAAUAUGAUUUAAUUAAAUAUUCAUGUACAUUUUAGAGCUUUAUGAAACAAUGUCCUUCAUUUGCUGGCAAGAAGAUAAUCUAUGACAGAACCUGUUUAUUUAUAAUAAAAUACAGGUAUAAUAGUAUUCUUUUUUUUUUCCAAAAACACUGAAAAAGUUGUGCUGUUU